GUUUUGAAGUCUUGGAUUAUGAAAAUCUGAACGCAACGGAGCCGCCGCGGAACGAAUCACUGGACCAAGCACCUAACAAGGAGAGUCACCUCCUAAACUCUAUAAAGGGAGUCACUACAGAAAGCAACAGUUCUUUGUUAAGGAAAAUUUGGAACUUCAAAGAUGUGGAUGACCAACUUCUAUAUCUUUAUGAACAAUUAUUGAAGAAAGAUUGGAAAGCAAAUAAAGUCAAUGCAGAUACGCUGAGACAAGAGUUUGCGAGAUUCCAAUCGACUUUAAACGAUAGUACAACGAUUAUUCUCCAUCAAAGGAACACCAAAAUAAAUGAAAGUGUAAGAUUAGUCGACAGUAAAAGCAGAGUAAGAAUUACUCCUGAGCUGUUUGAAUCAUUUCCAAAGACUGAUCCAAUAAAUCUACCGAAUGGAAAGAGGUACCGCUCGUGUGCUGUUGUGGGAAAUAGUGGUUCGUUGCGAAAUAGUGGAUGCGGAAAAAAUAUUGAUAAGCAUGAUUACGUCAUAAGAUGUAACAUGGCUCCGCUCAAACCGUUCAAAGUAGAUGCUGGGAUGAAAAAUAAUUAUGUUUCCAUGAACCCCAGCAUUUUACGUACAAGAUUUCAAAAUCUGCAAUCAGCAAAGUCACACAAAGCUUUUAAUGCCGACGUUUCAAAAUACAGUGGGAUCUUAAGCAUACCCUGCUUCGGCACAGGCGGGAGCCUGGCUCGUUCGAUGAAGGCAAUGUCUGUGGUCAAAUCGAAGCGACCUCAGAUGACAUGCAUGAAUCCAGCACACUUCAUUUCCCUUUCCAAAUUCUGGGGAGCCGCUGGUGCACUGCAUUCAAGACAUUCAACAGGUUUCUACUUCGUUUCAAUGGCUAUACAAAUCUGUGAUGAGGUGGAUCUUUAUGGAUUCUGGCCAUUUUUUUCUCGAUUCGGAAAUCAAAAGACCGACAUACGCUAUCACUACUUUGACAAACUGAAGCAUGCAUCGAAGAUCCAUUCCAUGAAUGAGGAAUUCGCCAUUCUCGUUCAACUCCACAACUUGGGAAUCGUCAAUUUGAAUAUUGGUAGUUGUUAACGGGAAUGUCCAUCCCAACAACAUAGGAUUUAAAUUCAUUAAGAAAGAUCAAACAAGCAUAACGCGUAAACCGUCAUCGAAAUCGGAUGUGGAAUACGACAGACAUUUUAAAAUUUCGCUCAUAUUUCAAAACAGACUAUUCACAUCAUACGAAUUAGAUAUGCAGAAGAAAGGAUCGAUGAAGUCAUUCCAUUUCUCUUUUGUAUUUUAUUCUAUGGAUUAUGAAGUAUUUCAAAUUUAGCAAAUCUGACAAGAAGGGGACUCUUUAUCAAACCACAAUUGAGCAGCACAUCCACAAAGCUGCAUGUUGAGAGGGGGAAAUUUUAUUUCACUUUAUAAUGAGAAGAUAGAAAAUAGUUUAUAUUUCAUAUAAUAGGUCAUAACAAAAAUAGUGAGUAAAGGGAAAUUUUGAAAUGUCAAUCGUUUCAAAUUUUACAUGAGACUUAAUGAAAUUUCGGCGCUGAAUUAAUUCAAAUUCUUUCUUUUUUUUAUUCAAAUACACGUUUUUUCGGGAUGGACGUGCCCUUUAAAAACAUUUAGUUAUGUCCUACGUCUUAGGUCUCGUUCACAUGUGGGUUCCUAAUCUGAGUAAAAUGUUAUUAUGCAUGGAUUAAACUUCCAAAGAUCUUGUUAAGACCAAGACGUAGGCUGUUUUGGUCGGAGUAAAGUCAGAGGAAGGUCGCAGAAUGCCCAGUUGUAGUAAGGUAUGAGGAAAGGUCGAAGCAGUGUCCUUGUGGACAGAGUUACUUCGACCGUCCUCCGACCAAGAUACCCAUGGUUUUUUUCAGGAGUACCUGGCUGUCACAACUAGCCAGUCGGGGUAAGGUGCCCUUGCGGACAGCACUCGGAGUAUCUACACACAAUUCCAGUUAAAUGUAUGGGGUUUUUUUAAUGAAAAGAAAAAGAAAAUUAAAAAGAGCGAUACAAAAAAUAUCCAGAUUCUUGCCCCGGCACGAACAGCGAAUCUCAUGAAUCUGCAGGAAAACGACUUAUAUAUUUAUGGUUCUUUCAGUACCACCUAGAAGAUCUUUUGACUUUGUGAAUAAUAUCAUAUCCACUUGGUAUAGUAUUAGUCCAGAUCUCCGAAAGACCUCGAUGCAAGGGCACAGUUUAUAUAUAUAUAUAUACAUGCAUAUAAAAUAGAUAAAACAGUUUGUCAACGUAUGAAAAUAAGUGUUUAUUAUUAUAAUGCUAUUUGACCAAAACGUCAGCCAAUAUAUUGUUUUGACCGCGCUUUCCUUAGACCACGACUUUUGAAACAAAACAACAAGACAAAAAACCCACAACACAAAACGGCCGGUUCUUUGUUGAGAUGCUCUAACGGGCCACGUACAGUGACAGAUCAGGGCCCCGUCUUACGAAGACAUGUGAUUGAUCCAAUCAACAACUAUGGAAAGCCAGCAACGUCAAUAUCUAUUAUGCAUGUUCGUACAAAUUAUUAUUAAAAAAAAAAUAAAUUCAUACAUUAAUUGUUUUCUUAAAAAAUCAGUGUGUUUCGCUUUGUUUACAAAAUACAUUGCUCAAAUUCCUUGUAGAAAAUGUUAUGACAAUGAUGGAUUUCCAUAGAAUUGAGGUUGAUUUGAUCACUUGUAACUAUUUGUAAGACGGGGCCCUCGGAUUUUCCCAUGAAUUUACACAUUCCCAUAUCUCAUGUAAAUGUAUGGCCAAUAUGAAUAAAUGGAAAUGAUAAUUGCAACUUAGAAACAGAAUUGGACUUCAAACAUUUACUUAGGUUAUGCCUCUUAGACGUACGAUCAAAUCAACUGAUCUGACGUUUCAGUAAUUAUCACGAAACUUCUUAGCAACGUAACAAUAAUGAUAAAACUAUGACAUACAUAUAUUUUGUUUUAUAAAUGAGAAUUCUCUUUC